CAUGCCACCUUCGUCAUUGUUAUUCGCACGUGAGGACCACCAUUAAGGCUGAUUUUCGGUAAACAUAAAGACUGUUUUCAAGCUGUUAGUUGUGCCAGAUCGGAGUGUUACUCUGAGUGUCUGAUCCGUGCUCACGGAAAACUUACAACAUGAGACUUCGCAGACUCCGUAAGUGCGUGCAGAUUGCGCCCCCGGUCUUGACCAGGGCAUUUUCCCAUUGCAGGACACUGUCAAGUAAUGUUCAGACUCCAUCCAACGUAGGGCAUCCCGUAUCUGACAGCACAGAGAACGAUAAGGGGACUGAUAGCAAGGAUGAGGAGCCGAGGCUUAGAAGAUCUCCAAACCAAGUGUCUGUUCUACUCUUUCCUGGUCAGGGCAGUCAAUUUGUGGGUAUGGGACGAGGACUUUUACAGUAUGGCAACGUGAAGGAGAUGUUCUCCGUUGCGCAGAAAAUUCUUGGAUAUGAUCUGCUCUCUCUGUGUUUAAACGGGCCCCAAGAGGACCUUAUGAAGACUGUUCAUUGCCAGCCUGCAGUGUUCGUCACAUCUUUGGCUGCUGUGGAGAGACUGAACCACGAAAAUCCGGCAGCAAUUGAAAAUUGUGUUGCUGCAGCUGGGUUCAGUGUUGGCGAGUUUGCUGCCUUGGUGUUUUCGGGUGCUAUGGAUUUUGCUGAAGCUCUCUAUGCGGUGAAAGUGAGAGCAGAAGCCAUGCAAAAAGCUUCUGAUCAGUCUGCAAGCGGGAUGUUGUCAGUAAUUGGAAGACCCCAGGCCAAUUAUAAACAAGCCUGUCAGCAAGCCAGAGAACAUUGCUUGUCUCUGGGUCUCCCGAAUCCUGUUUGCUCUGUUGCUAACUACCUCUUUCCUGAUGGGCGAGUCAUUGCCGGACAUAAGGAGGCGCUGGAUUUCCUCCAGCAGAACUCUAGACGGCUUCAAUUCCUUCGUACACGGCUGCUCCCAGUGAGCGGCGCGUUUCACACUUCGCUGAUGGAGGCAGCGGUGGAGCCUCUGGAGCAUGUCCUGAAGCAGAUUGAGGUGCGGCGGCCAGAAAUCGCAGUGCACUCAAAUGUGGAUGGAAAACGUUAUAUGCAUGAAAAACAUGUGCGACAGCUCCUUGCGAAGCAGCUGGUCUCUCCAGUAAAGUGGGAGCAAACACUGCAUGAAAUCUAUGAGAGAAGCCAGGGCAAGGACUUUCCUCACACUUAUGAGGUUGGUCCAGGGAAACAGCUGGGUACCACGUUACAGAAAUGCAACAAGAAGGCGUUCAAGAAAUAUACACAUAUUGAUGUGGUACUCUCAUGUGAAUGA